AUGCCGUACACUAGGACAAGCAACUCGCCUACACAGGCUAGCCCAACGAAGAUCUUCUUACAUGGUCUUGGGGCACUCUCCUUUUCUUAUAGCUUUUACCUCUUGACAACAUGGGACUCAGCAUACUCUGAUUCUUUCGGAUGGUACUUUCAGCUUCUCACGGUUGUGGGACUCACCUUAUCUCUUAUCACAUCUAGCUUUGGCCUCGUCGCAGAUCUUACGAGACACGAUGGCUUCUCAAGGACCAAAGAUACCAUCUCACUCCUUGCGACGCCUCUCGAAGUCAUGAUUGCUGUCCUAUACUGGUCUAUCAAAUUCCACGACCCAUCAUUACUCAUGCCAGCCGACCUUGUCAUCAAUCCUUGGGCUGACCUUGGAUACCACCUGGUACCUGCGGUGCUGUUAGUACCGGACUUGCUGUUGUACAGUCCCCGAGCGACUAUUACAACGAGGAGCAUGAUGGUCACCAGUACCAUUUUAGCUGUUGUUUAUUGGUGCUGGAUUGAGUUGUGUUAUUACCAAAAUGGCUGGUAUCCUUAUCCCAUGAUGGAUCAGUUCAGUGCCAUUCAGCGGGUUGCAGUCUUCGUUGGGUCAUCAGGUUUACUGACGUUGACAUCGUCUUCUCUUCAAUGGGUACACGGCAAGGUGCACAGUCUUGAUGUGACGAAGGUCAAACCGAACUGA